AUGGAAUCCCUCCUCCGUUGGGGUAUCGAGAACUCUGCCCAAAAUGCCUCUCCCUCCGAUCCUCCGCCAGCCCCGAGACAAGACCUCGAUCCAGGUGUCAUCGACAUGAUUCUCGGGAAGUCUGAUGCGGAACUCAUGAAGGAGGACCUGUCCGUCGCGUUGGAUGAGUCCAAAUCGGAGGAUGAGCGAAUCAACGCGUUAGAUCAUCUGGAAAUGUUGAUCGAGCAAAUUGACAAUGCAAACAACCUGGAAAAAUUGAAAAUGUGGACACCCCUUCAUAAUCUACUCUCCAAGGCGCCCACAUCAGAUAUUCUAAUGCAGACCUUGUGGGUGAUAGGGACUGCCCUUCAGAACAAUCCUGCAGCGCAAGAUGCCUAUCUCUCUUAUGAUCCGCUACCUGUCCUAACCAGGUUUCUCAAGCCAUCACCUUCCUCUACCGCAGACGUACGCUCCAAAGCCGUUUAUGCAUUGUCCGGUCUCCUGAAGCACAACGCCCCCGCCGUCCGGGCAAUGUCGCAAUCCGACGUCCAAGGGUGGGAGAAGCUGCGGGAAGCCUUGCAAGACCCGAAUCUCGGCGUCCGUCGUAAAGCCCUGUUCCUCCUCAGUGCGCUUCUCGUCCCAAAUGCCCCCGUCUCCGAAUCAUCGUCCCUCAAACAACCCAUCCACGCCAACUCCCACGCGGCACAGCUGGCAGAUGCCAGUCGCUCAGACACCUCUGCUCCGGCUCUGAAGGCAGUGCACGAGCAUGGGAUCUUGGACAGUGUUAUCUCGGGACUGACGCAUCCCGUCCCAUCUGGUGUGGACGGCGAUGUUCCCGGUCCGGAUGCGGACUUUGAGGAGAAGGGUGUUGCGCUGCUUCGCACGUAUGGCGUGGACUGUCAAGGGCAGUUCACGCCUGAACAGAAAAACGCGUUGAACCCGUGGAUCAAGAACACAUCGGCCGCGGCUUCGCAGUGGGGGUUGACCACCAAAGAACUGGACGCUCUUCUGCAGACGAUGGCAUGA